AUGGGUGCCACUACCGUCCCUACCAACGACCACGUCAUGGUCCCUGAGACCCUUCUCAAGAAGCGCAAGAGCCAGGAGAAGGCUCGCGCUGAGCGCACCUCUGCCAUUGAGAAGAAGAAGGCCUCCAACAAGGAGAAGCGUGGCGUCAUCUUCAAGCGUGCUGAGAAGUACGUUAAGGAGUACCGCGAUGCCGAGCGUGAGAAGAUCCGUCUUCACCGCGCUGCCAAGAAGGAUGACUCCGCCUACGUCCCUGCCGAGGCCAAGCUGAUGUUCGUUGUCCGCAUCAAGGGUAUCAACAAGAUUGCCCCCAAGCCCCGCAAGAUCCUCCAGCUCCUCCGUCUCCUCCAGAUCAACAACGGCGUCUUCAUCAAGGUCACCAAGGCCAUCACCGAGAUGCUCAAGAUUGUCGAGCCCUGGAUCGCCUACGGUUACCCCAACCUCAAGUCCAUCAAGGAGCUCAUCUACAAGCGUGGAUACGGCAAGGUCAACAAGCAGCGCAUCGCUCUUACCGACAACGCCAUCAUUGAGGAGAACCUCGGCAAGUACGGCAUCGUCUGCAUUGAGGAUCUCGUCCACGAGAUCUACUCGGUCGGCCCCAACUUCAAGCAGGUCUCCAACUUCCUGUGGCCCUUCAAGCUCUCCAACCCCACUGGUGGCUUCCGUGCCCGCAAGUUCAAGCACUUCAUCGAGGGUGGUGACCUUGGCAACCGUGAGGAUGCCAUCAACGGUCUCAUCCGCCAGAUGAACUAA